AAUGGCUGAUUUAAAUAAAGCUGGACCUUCAGGCGUAAAAAGACGUAAGACCGUGAAAGUGAGAAAUGAAAAAAAUCUGAGUGUUGAGGAAUUGAUGCAGUUUUUAUAUAAUUCAGACUCAGAUGAAGAUUAUGAAGACUCUGAUGUAGAUAACUUUGAAAUUGAAAAUGUUUCGGAAGACUCUUCUGGAAGUGAUACUGAGGAUGAUGUACUACAGAACGAGUUAAAUAAUACCGUUGCAGAUAAUCCUGACGUAAAGAUUACAGACAAUGAAUGGACCGAAACAACUAGCGGUAUGAAACAAAUUCCAUUUACAAAAAGAAGUGGAUUGUUAGUCGAUAGUCCUGGUGAUAGUGCGUACGAUUGGUUUAGGCUGUUGUUUGACGAUGAACUUUUAAAUAUGAUUGUCUUACAAACUAACAGUUAUGCAGUUGAAGUUCUUUCUACCAGCAAAGGAUGUGACCCUAGUAGUUUGUAUAUGUGA